AGCCAGCCUGACUGGUGCAGUCCACCAUGAGCAGGCUGCAGUCCUGGACUCAUGGAAACAUGAAGUGAAAGGCUGCAGCUGGUUCAGUCAGCAUCUGUCCGAGCAGAAGGACAGAAAGAUCAGACACAUCCUGUCCAGUGUUGCCUUCAGGGUGCGUCUGACAGAACAGAGACGCUGUUAGAGUCACUACAGGCAUUUCACUUUACUCACAUGAAGUCUGAACAGUCUGUCUGCUGCUCUGUCUCCCUCUGCAGGUUCAACACAUCAUGGCAACCCGUCAGUGCACCGUUGAGAUUGAGAAUAAGUGCUCUGACUUCACCUUCUGUAACCCGCAGGUGUUCACUUUCAGUGGAAUCUAUGAGAAGCCUUUGCCACCAACUCUUGGUCCCUCUGAAUCUUGCAGCGCUCUGUUCAUCAAGACUCCUCACGGAGCACGUGGAGCUGUUGGAGUCCUCACUUAUGAUCUGCAGAAUGAAUCAAAGAAAUGUGAUGGAAAAAUGGCCGUCAUGUUCUCCAUUCCUUAUGACUACUUCUGGUACCGUAACUGGUACGGAGUGGGAGUCUAUGACAUUAAUACAAAGUGUGAUAAGAGCCUUUUUCACGAGAUGUAUUACAACACAGAGAAAGGGUUUGACUUACAGAGGUGAAGAUGUUAAUAUCGCAGUCACCAUGUCCGACAGUUGCACACCUGUCAUCAAGGUGCAGGUGUCUUCAGGUUCUUCCAAGCACCAUUAAUCCCAGUUGGCUCACUAAGACAGAAAGUCUCUUCUUUAUUUCAUCCUGUCACUUUUCAUUCUCUGCGUUAGUUUCUCUUUAUAUAUCUGCUGUCUGCUUAGAUGCUGAACUGUGUUUCUUUGUUCUGCUGCUGACCGUGUGUGAUGACAAUAAAGUGGAAUCUGAUCUACUAAAUAUUUGUGUGAUAAAACAUCUUACAGCAAGACACUGCAGGUGAAUAGAGUAAAGCAAAUGAUUAUAUAUCUAUAUUAUAUAUAAACUUACAUUAAGACAAUAUUUCUUUGUAUCUAAGGUUUUCUGAAAUAUUAUGUUUAUAUAUGCAAGUGAGGGACAGUCUAAUUUACAUAUAUUUCGAGAAGUGAAAUCUGAAGACUGGAUUAAGUCAGGUUCAAAAUUAUUGUUUUAUUUGGUUGACACAAUUCAAUUCAAUUUUAAUUAUUUAGCGCCAAAUCACAACAGUUAUCUCUGAGCGCUUUU